AAAGGAUAAAGAAUAAGUCUAGGGAUUCAAUAAUAUUACUUCACUUUAUCAUCGUUUACCUUGGAAAGAGAUUUCGUGCUUUUUUUGUGACAACAAAUAACUUUCGUUCGUUGAAAACGCUGCUUGAAGAAAAAGAACUUCAUUGUGAACAAGCCUUGUCAUUAACCAGAAAUCAGUCAUUCAAAAAUUCCCGUUUACUACGUCUUAUUUGGAGUUUAUUUCGCAUUUAUUUCGUCGAUAACUAUUUAAUUUUUUAUUUCCAAGGUCGAUUUUUAAAAAUCAAAUGGAAAUGCAUGACGUGUUACACGUUGAAGUCUGUCAGAAAGUUGACAGCGCAUUAUCUCGAAAAGAUGUAGAGGAAGUAGUAAGAACAGAAUUAACUUCAUUUGAAGAAGUAACUCUGAACGUGUCGAUGCCAGGAGAAAGUUUUUCCAAAGAUAUUAUUAAAAGUCAUGUUGAAUCGAUAGUCUGCUCAUCUAAUAGCACCGAGAGAAGUCAUAUGAAAAUUCAGAGCAGUACCCUCAGAGUUUAUGUCUAUCGACUAACUCAAGAAAAUGCUGCUACAGAGACAAUUCGAACUGAUAGCGACGACAUGUCUGCUUCUGCUCACUGGAUUCUUCCCUCUAAAGAUUUUCACGGAUUGUGGGAAAGCCUCAUUUACGAAUCCGACGUUAAAGAACAUCUGCUGCACUUUGUUGAGACGACGAUGCUGUUCUCAGAUCGAAACGUCGAUCCAAACAUAAUAAGCUGGAACAAAGUGAUUCUAUUACACGGACCACCAGGCACGGGAAAAACAAGUUUGUGCAAAGCUCUCGCCCACAAAGCAGCGAUUCGCCUGGCUUAUCAUUAUUCUCACGGAGAAUUGGUUGAAAUAAACAGCCACAGUCUAUUCUCUAAAUGGUUUUCAGAGAGUGGUAAGUUGGUCAUGAAGCUCUUUGACGAUGUGAAAGCUCUUCUAGAGGAUCCGAAAGCUCUCGUCUGUAUUUUAAUAGACGAAGUAGAAUCUCUCGCUCAUGUUAGAAAAUCUUGUACAAAUGGAACCGAACCCAGUGACUCAAUUCGUGUUGUGAAUGCUCUGCUCACUCAAUUGGACCAGAUCAAAAAGUAUCCCAACGUAUUGAUUCUUACGACAAGCAACGUGACUGAAGCAAUAGACGUAGCUUUUAUAGAUCGCGCAGAUAUUCGACAAUUCAUUGGUUUCCCGAGCGAGCAAGCGAUUUAUAAGAUUUACAGCUCGUGCAUUAAAGAAUUGAUGAGGACCGGCUUCGUAGAAUCAGAAAUCCUGAGUGAAAUGUCCUACUUGAAGAAGCUUGGCUAUGAAGAAAAUGUGGAAACGAGACACAGUCUCAUGUUGCUGGAAUUGAGCAAACAAAGUGUGGGAAUGAGUGGACGUGCACUGAGAAAAAUUCCAUUUUUGGCCCACGCUUUAUACACUCAGACAACAAAAUGCACAGUUCCUCGAUUUUUGAGAGCCAUGCAUCUCGCUAUUGAAAAACAGAAGGAAGAGGAAAUCGCAUAAUUAAAACCUUGCUUCCAGACGUUCUUUAUUUCUGUACUUUUCGAGGUAAUUCUCGAAUACUUGAAUUCACGUAACUGAGAAGUGCUUCGUAUUUUUCUUUUUGACAGUAUUUUCGCGAACAAAUACUUUAAAAUUUUAUAUUUUUGUUCUAAUUUUAAGGAUUUCUAGCCUUUUUCCCUGUGCCUUAAUAUACUUAGAAAGAUAAGAUGUUUUUUGUACUACUAUUUCUGUUAACGUUAUUAAAUAGCUUUAAUAUUAAGCUUAUAUAAUUUA